UCUUCCUCCCCAACCACUCCUUCCCCCAGUCCUUACUCCCCUGUCUCCUCUCUUGUCCCUGCCCCUCACUUCACCUCCCCCAGUCCAAGUUCCUCCUGCUCCUCUUCUCCAGCAAACACCUUCUCACCACCUGAGUGGCUCUGUCAGUCUGACCCCACCUUCCUUCUCCCAUCAUCCUCCAUUUACUGGAACUCAAACUGCCUGAUGCAGAAAGAGAAGGGAGGAGGAGGAGGAGGAAAUGUGCCAGAGGACAGGAAGCUGCAGGAGCAGCAGGAGGAGGAACAUGUGCCACAGAUACCUGAGAUGAAUGCUGUCAGGGAGCAGGACCUCCUUCAUUAUUGCAAACAAUUUACCACAAAGAAGGAGGAAGCAGGGACUGAUGAUAGCUCCCCCUGCAGGCUUGGAGUGCUGCGCCGGACGCGCUCUGACGGCGCUCUGCUUCAGGAACCUCCUCUGGAUCGGUUCCUGUCAGACAGCGUAAUUCAUUCCAUCACCCCCCCUCUGACCUCUGACCCUGUCCUCAGCCUAGGUGUUGCCCACCAACCCCCCUGCACCCACAGAGGAGGCAGUACUCUGCACCACAAGCUGCUGCUCAGUGGCACUAAGGAACCAGAAUUUAAAAAUCAACAACUGAGAUCCAAGACCAAGAGUCUGUAAGGAAACACACACACACACACA